AUGGCCGCCAUAACUGCGACCACGAUAGCCACCUAUGGGAAUUCGACUUUGGGGUGGAAUAGGUUGAGGCCAUCUCACUCUUUCACCGCCCUUUCUCACGACCAACCUUCUUCUACUGCCGCCGCCGUGAGAGUAAGUUGCCCUCGUGCCUCCACGGAACAUGCCGGAGUUUUCACCGCCGACAAGCCCGAUUUUGACUACCUUGGCCAGAGCACCAGAGGGGAUCUUGACCUCAACUUUGAAUUUGAUGACGAGGGGGCGGGUCUGGAUGGUCCAAUUGAGGAUGUUGCCAGAAUGGAAGCUCAAGAAGCUGAGCACUUGCUUAAUCACUUGGGCAUUCCGGAUCCAUUGUCUUCACGAUAUUCUCCUCGUGGCAUCUUUUGUAGCCGAACACUCAAUUUGAGAUCAAUUAGUGCCAUCGGCUAUGACAUGGACUACACAUUGAUGCAUUAUAAUGUAGAGGCCUGGGAAGGAAGGGCUUAUGACUAUUGCCUGGAAAAUCUGAAAAAUAUGGGCUUUCCUGUUGGUGGACUUACAUUUGACCCUGAAUUGGUCAUUCGAGGCCUAGUGAUUGACAAAGAGAAAGGAAACUUAGUUAAAGCAGAUCGAUUUGGAUAUGUCAAGCGGGCUAUGCAUGGAACAAGGAUGUUGUCCACUCAAGAUGUGAGCGAGAUAUACGGAAGAGAACUUGUAGAUCUGCGAAAGGAGAGCCGAUGGGAGUUCCUUAAUACAUUAUUCUCUGUUUCAGAGGCAGUUGCAUAUAUGCAGAUGGUAGAUAGGUUGGAUGAAGGAGCUAUAGCUGCAGAGACUGGCCCACUUGAUUAUAAAGGGCUUUACAAGGCUGUUGGGAAAGCACUCUUCAGGGCACAUGUCGAGGGCCAGCUGAAGAGUGAGAUUAUGUCCAAACCUGAACUCUUUGUUGAACCUGAUCCUGAGCUACCUUUAGCACUACUGGAUCAGAAAGAGGCUGGCAAAAGGCUCCUGCUGAUUACCAACUCGGAUUACCAUUAUACUGAUAAAAUGAUGCAGCAUUCUUUCAAUAGAUAUCUUCCGAAUGACAUGAGUUGGCGGGAUCUUUUUGACAUAAUCAUAGUCUCUGCCAGGAAGCCGGAGUUUUUUCAAAUGUCGCACCCAAUGUAUGAAGUGGUGACUGGUGAAGGUCUUAUGCGUCCAUGUUUUAAGGCUAAUCCAGGUGGGGUGUACUCUGGAGGAAGUGCUCAGAUGGUUGAGAACUCACUUGGCGUUCAUGGAGAUGAAAUUCUGUAUGUUGGUGAUCAUAUAUAUACGGAUGUUAGCCAAUCUAAAGUCCAUCUUCGGUGGCGUACGGCACUCAUUUGCCGUGAACUAGAAGCUGAGUAUAGUGCUUUAAUCCAAAGCCGAGGUCAUCGUGCAACAUUGAUAGAGCUUAUAAAUCAAAAAGAGGUUGUGGGGGACCUCUUUAACCAGCUCCGUCUUGCCUUGCAGAGACGAACUAAAGGUCGUCCUGCUCAGACUCUUGCUGCCACUCAUAUGGACGACAAGGAACUUAGUGAAAGCAUUCAGAAGCUACUCAUUGUCAUGCAAAGAUUAGACCAGAAGAUCGGUCCAAUGAUGGAAUCAGACGGGGAGCUCUUCAAUCAAAGGUGGGGUUUUAUUUCACGAGCAGGCCUAUGGGACAAAAGCCACUUGAUGAGACAGAUUGAAAAGUAUGCUGAUAUUUAUACCUCACGGGUUUCGAAUUUUCUACAGUAUACGCCUUUUAUGUAUUUCCGAGCCCAAGAACAGUCUCUUGCGCACGAUUCCUAUUCAUUCCUCCACCAGAAGCAUGAUGUAUCGACUGUUAAUAAUUCCGAAAGCUGA